ACUUGUUUUAUGCUUUGCUUUUUUUUUCUAACAAUGGCCUCUUCUUUGCUGAUUUGUUUAGCUUAGAGAAGGGAUAAUUUGAUAACUUCGAGAUUGGUAGUACUAAUAUUUUAGUGCAGAUAAUUCUGGUGGGUUGCAGAGAUAAAAACGAAUACCUUGUUUUUUUCUUUCUCUAUUCUGUAUUUUAUUGAUUUAUAGUACAUUCCGUUCUUCUUGUUUAAUGCUUUGCCAAACAAAAUGUUUGUUGAUUUCUGUAUUUGAUCGUGGGUUUUGACCUGGACCAAGAAAGAUCGGGGUUUCUUUUACCCUUUUGACUAAGGAUCCAUUUUCCUUAAGCUCCCCGCCUAUUUGUUUGGAAUUUUUUUUGGUUAGUUCUCUGUCUUUUUCUAUGCACAGUUAUUCCUUCAUUCUACAAUUUCUCAUCAUUUUUACUAAACUGGUCGGCGGAGAUUGGCUUCCGGGAAUCUUUAUUUAGUUAUCAGUUUGAUGAACUCUCGGGCGUGUAGUUUAUCUGGCUGAUUAGUUAUGCUAUGAACUCAUUUUCUUGCUCUUGCUGAUCUCAGGGUUUAUUACCCUUUGGGAAGAGUUCGGUUUCUGUUUUUGCUCGCAGUUUAUCAUUCGUGGGCCAUUGGGGCGCUUCUUCAGUCAUGUCCGGUGAAUCCUCUACGGCCCUUUCUAAUGGCAAUGCUGGUGCACCUUCUGAUCCGCACCGUACUUACGAAGUUGUGGUGGCUGCUACUAGUAAGAUGGGUAUUGGCAUGGAUGGAAAAGUACCAUGGAAGCUGCCAACUGACCUCAAGUUUUUCAAGGACAUAACUGUGACCACAUCUGAUCCUACCAAGAAGAAUGCUGUCAUUAUGGGUAGAAAGACCUGGGAAAGUAUUCCCUUGGAGCGCCGUCCUCUUCCUGGUCGCCUAAAUGUUGUUCUGACUCGGUCGGGUAGUUUUGACAUUGCAACUGCAGAGAAUGUUGUAAUCUGUGGGAGCUUGCUAUCUGCUUUGGAACUGUUAGCAGCAUCUCCUUAUUGUCUGUCAAUUGAGAAAGUGUUUGUUAUUGGAGGUGGCGAGAUUUUGAAGGAAUCCCUCAAUGCUCCUGAAUGUGAUGCUAUCCACAUCACUGAAAUUGAUGCUGACAUUGAAUGUGAUACUUUUAUCCCAGCUAUUGAUUCCUCUGUGUUUCAGCCCUGGUAUUCGUCUUUUCCAUCUAUUGAAAACAAGCUCCGCCACUCCUUUACUACUUAUGUCCGUGUGAGAAAUUCAGGAGUUGAACCUAUCAGUCAGACCAAUGGCGUAAUUCCUGGCAACAGUUUGGACAUUGCUAAGAUUGAAGGUAAGACAUUCUCUUUUUUACCUAAAAUGAUCUUUGAUAGGCAUGAGGAGCACAAGUAUCUGAGACUUGUGGAAGACAUAAUCUUAAAUGGCACGGCAAAAGAUGACAGGACCGGGACUGGUACUAUGUCAAAAUUUGGUAGUCAGAUGAGGUUCAAUCUGCGAAAAUCAUUUCCAUUGCUGACCACUAAGAGAAUAUUUUGGCGAGGUGUUGUUGAAGAACUUUUGUGGUUCAUUAGUGGCUCAACAAAUGCUAAAGUAUUACAAGAAAAGGGGAUUCAUAUAUGGGAUGGCAAUGCAUCAAGGGAUUACCUUGACAGUAUUGGUUUGGCAGAGAGGGAAGAGGGUGACCUGGGGCCUAUAUAUGGAUUCCAGUGGAGACAUUUUGGUGCUAGGUAUACUGACAUGCAUGCUGAUUAUACUGGCCAAGGAUUUGAUCAAUUGAUGGACGUAAUUGGAAAAAUAAAAAAUAAUCCAGAUGACAGGCGGAUUAUACUUUCUGCUUGGAAUCCUUCUGAUCUGAAACUAAUGGCACUUCCACCUUGUCACAUGUUUGCACAAUUUUAUGUUGCAAAUGGAGAGUUGUCCUGCCAGAUGUAUCAGCGUUCUGCUGACAUGGGCCUUGGCAUUCCAUUCAAUAUUGCAUCUUAUGCCCUGUUUACAUGCAUGAUUGCUCACGUUUGUGAUCUUUUACCAGGCGAUUUUGUCCAUGUUAUUGGGGAUGCACAUGUGUAUCGCACACACAUCAGACCUCUGCAGGAUCAAAUUCAAAAACAACCUAAACCCUUCCCAGUAAGCAUCACACAUAUUUUGAAAAUCAAUCCUCAGAAGAAAGAUAUAGAGUCUUUUGUGCCUGCUGAUUUUACUCUCCUAGGUUAUGAUCCUCACCAGAAAAUAGAUAUGAAAAUGGCAGUGUAGACUUCUAAUGUUGAUUAGGAAGAGGAGCAUGAAGACUCUUUUGCAUCCUGUUCAGCAAAAAUGAGCUCUCAUUCUGAGGCAAGUGUCUUGGUUUUCUGGGCCAUUUCUAAACUAGGUUUUUGCCAGUUAAACUCUUGGAUGACUUUGAAGAUUAACGCUGAUUAUUUCAACAUGGAAUUCUUGAUAUUUACAAGUCAAACAAUCACAGGCUGGAGACUCGUAAGAAUUGCGAAAUGGAUCUACUUGAUUGUUGAAUAUUCAGGAAUAGAGAAUCCUUUAGUUCCACAGGGAAUUGGUGGUUCUAAGGUGAUUUAGAUUACAUAAUCCUGGAACUUGGAAAUUUAUUGACUCUACACCUUAAAACUUGUACACACUUUCCUGUGUGGUUGAUAUCUAGUAUAUGAGAUUUGCCUAAUUCACAGUCUCUGUGUGUGCGCGUGCGCGCCUCUGUGUAUAUGGUAUAUGGUAUUUUGGUUUAUUCC